CCGGACACAUGUUUGAGGUUUGCCUGCAUACAUGAGAGGAGACGAUCGGUCUUGAAUAUUAGACCAUAAGAUACAAUCCGCUCUCUUUAUAGCCAUCGGUAACGACGAGACAAAAAUGACAUUAUUUGGCAACAAUUUCAAAGUAAAGGACAAGUUAGUGGUCAUUACUGGAGGCUCUCAGGGUGUGGGAGCUGAGUUCGCCAAGCAGCUUUUCAACAAGGGUGCAGAUGUGAUUAUCAUCUCCAGAACCGCCUCCAAGUUGAAGUCGGUCUGCGACCAGAUUUCCCAACAGAGAACCCCGGCUGACACAAAGAACUAUAUUGAAUAUAUUGUCGCCGACGUUUCCGAAUAUAAAGGCUGUCAGGGUGUUUUUGAGCAUGAGCUAUUGAAAACCCGCAAGCCCGAUAUCGUCAUGUGUUGCGCGGGUUCCUCCGCCCCAGGGCUCUUUCUCGACUUGACCCCCGAAUCUCUCGAGUCGGGCGUCAAAACCAACUACAAUACCGCGGUGUAUUUUGCACACGCAGCCUUAAAGCACAUGACUACCGUGUCCGACGGUCAAUCCGUUCCGCUGGAGCGGAGACACUUGGUGGUGUUUUCCUCGGUCGUGGCGUUCUUCCCAUUUAUCGGUUAUGGCCAAUACGCCCCUUUGAAGGCCGGUAUUAGAGCGCUUUCCGACGUUUUGAGACAGGAGUGCAUCCCGUACAACAUCAGGGUGUCAGCCGUGUUUCCCGGAAACUUUGACUCCGAAGGAUACGUCGAGGAGAACAAAACCAAGCCGGAAAUCACCUCGAUUAUCGAGGGUCCGUCCGAAGCUAUUUCCUGCGAAUUGUGCGUCAAGAAGAUUCUCAGCCAGUUGGAGUGGGGGUACGAGAUGGUGACGACUGAUAACAUCGGCUGGGUGUUGGGCUGUUCCAUGUUGGGGGCCAGUCCCCGCUCUUGGUGGCUCUUCCAGGCCAUUAUGGCCUUUAUUUUUGCCCUCAUUGCUCCAGUAGCCAGUGGGGUCGUGAACUGGCAGAUUAAACACUACUUCAAGCAUAAGCAGGCCGAGGAAGUCCAAAAGAAGGAUGAUUAAGCACGGGCAAGUGGCUACCCGAUGUAUAAUUGGAUUAAUGAUUUGUAAAAGAACCAUUGGAAUAAUACUUGUCUAGGGUGAGAUGUAACUAAAUAGCCGCGAUACUCAGCGGUUGUAAACAGGCAAGGGAUUUUUAUGAUAACAGAACCUACUUUUAUUGGAUAAAAAUCUAGGGUGC